AUCACCGUGCUGGGGACCCCCGCGGAAGAGCAAGGAGGAGGCAAAAUAGACCUCAUCAAGGCUGGGGCGUUCGAUGGCCUGGAUGUGGUUUUCAUGGCGCACCCCUCGCAAGAAAACGCUGCUUACCUGCCCGACGUGGCCGAGCAUGAUGUGACUGUGAAAUACUAUGGAAAAGCUUCUCAUGCUGCUGCUUAUCCUUGGGAAGGAGUUAAUGCAUUAGAUGCUGCUGUUCUUGCCUACAACAAUCUGUCUGUUUUAAGACAGCAGAUGAAACCGACCUGGAGAGUUCAUGGUGUAAUAAAAAAUGGUGGUGUGAAACCUAACAUCAUUCCUUCUUACACUGAACUAGAGUUUUACUUGCGUGCUCCCUCAAGGAAAGAGCUUUCUGUUCUGACAGAGAAGGUUGAAAACUGCUUCAAAUCUGCAGCAGUGGCCACAGGAUGCAAGGUGGAAAUAAAAGGUGGUGAAAAUGAUUACUACAAUGUGCUUCCAAAUAAGAGCCUGCAGAAAAUUUACAAGGAGAAUGGAAAGAAGCUUGGAAUAGAUUUUAUAUCAGAAGAUGCUAUCUUGAAUGGUUUGUCAGGUUCGACGGACUUUGGAAAUGUUACAUUUGUGGUCCCUGGGAUUCAUCCUUAUUUUUAUAUUGGCUCUGAUGCAUUGAAUCACACUGAGCAGUACACAGAAGCUGCAGGGUCACAGACUGCUCAGUUCUACGCCUUGCGCACAGCCAAGGCUUUGGCAAUGACAGCACUGGAUGUCAUCUUCAAGCCAGGUCUGUUAGAAGAAGUCAGGGAAGACUUCAGAGAAGUGAAGCUGAAAGAAGAGGAACAAACAAAUCCAGUAGAACCUAAAAGAGAAUCUGGUGUUGGUGAAGGAGCAUGUGCAUCACACUAAACUUGAUUAAAACACUCUCAGUAGCAUUGACUUAAUGGAGAUGCUGUAUUUAAAUCCCAAUAGGGGCUGGAUAAAUACGUAGCUGAAGAAAUUAUGAUUUUAUUUAAUUUGGACUUUAGGAGAAGUAAAUAGUAUAAUUGCUUUCAAAAAUGUGAAAUUUCAUCUAGCUGUAAUGUUUGUGUUCACUAUGGUUAUGAUUUUCAUACAGAGAUCUCAAAUAUGUUCUCUUUAAUUUCCAGUUUUGAAUGAAUUAUAGUGUUUAGAUCCCUUGUCAGUGAUUUUCCAUGUAGUGCUAUAUUAAUAUUCUUUUUAGAGGAAGUAUGGUUGUUUUCUGUUCUAAAAUAAGCACUUUUCAUUCAGUGAUCAUAUGCUGAAUCUGAUCAGUGAAGCUUUUAUUAAAUUUCUGGUCAGUCACUUUUCUUGGGACAAGAUGGAGACUUAAAAAAUGAGCUGGUUUCACUGGAGAGAAGGGGCUAUGUUUGGAAAUAUACUUGGUUUUGAUAACAGUAACUUCCAGCAAUGGAAGAGGACUGUUUGUAUAGGAGUGCAAUCUGAAAAGCUUGAUUGUCCUGAAAUGUGCUGAUUUUCCUCCUAGUAAAUUCUGGGGGUGUUGUGGAGAAGUCAUGCAUCACAAAAUUGGAAAGCAGCUAAAUAUUUAUUUGAUUAAAUCAAUACUUUUAAACUACUUUAAGAAGAAUUCUGCUCUGAGGCAAUACAGGUGUCCACACAAGGUGUUGCAUCAGCUUAACUGACCUGAAGGAGGUGUAUAAAUUUAUCUAAACCAGUGGAAAUCUUUGUGACAAAGCUACAAGUGUGGUGCCAUGAAGUAAUAAAUGGCUGUGUGCAAGUCUCUCUAGUAAUCUCAGAGGAGCUUGCAGUGAGGACUGCUGGCUUUUGUAACCUGUUUGUUCCUGUGUCCUAAGCAGCAGAUCUGUAAAGUCUUGCCAGUCAUCCUUUGUGUUUUGUGUGGUUAGUCCAUUUAAUCUUUGCUAUUUUGCUUCUCAAGGACAUUGAUACUGCAGUUUUAAUUAGGUGGUGUUUUGUGUACCCAGACAUGUUAGGAUGCCUUUUGAUUCACUGGUUAAAGGAUCUUGUGAGUACACAGAAAAGAAGUUAGUGGACAGAUGGAGUGAGAAAGCAACUUCCUGAUUAACAUUUUCCUCAGCACAGGUACUUCUGGAAGACUCAGGAAGGAAGGCAGGCAGGCUGUAUUCCUCAGGAAGUCAGAAUAACUGACUUUCAGAAAUAUAUAUAUAUAUUUUAAACAGUCUCUAUAUGGUAAACUCUAAAAUUCUGUUCAGCAUUUACAGUUUAUUCAUUUCUAUAUUCACUGCAAUUUUACACCAGUAUCCUUGUUUUCAUUAGCAAAGGGUUUUCACAGAUGGAUGUGAGAAAGAGGUGAAGGUGGAACUCUGAGCUAAAGAUGUGUCCAGGAUAGUAAGUUAAAUACUAAAUCCACCUGAAAUUUGUUCUAAGGUUUGUCAGAGGAACUUUGUCCUUAACUUUUAAUUUACAGUAUGCCUUGCUCAUUCUCAGACACAAUUGUAAUUCAUUAAGAUCUACUUUGUUAACAGGCUAGUGCAUUGAUUUCCUUAGCACACGUGGCUUUUUAUUUCCUGCAAGAACUGCUUAACUUCUUGCUUUGCUGUUUUUAAGAUAGAGUGUUUGGAUCCCACAUAGAUAGCACAUGCUGUAUUGUUAUGUUUCCUACAAGCUGAUGUGCAUUAAAGCCUUCUCAAUUCUCUUUGUUCAGACUUAGCUGCAUCAUAUCCAAGAUCAGUUAAUUAAACUUCUCUGAACUAAAAGCAUGUCUUCAUUUUGUUGUAAUCAUUGCUGGAAUAAAAAUGGAAUUGAAGUACUGAUUAAAGAUGAGUUGAUAUUAAUAAAGGAGUUUAAUUGUGAUUGAA